AUGCUUGCAAUCCUGAACGUGCGCUGGGCUUUGGAUGGUUCGUUGGGCUUUCAGGAGCUUCACGGAAGGACGGUGGUCGCAAGUGCCCGCUUGGAGUCGCCGGGCUUGCUGCUGUGGCGCGUCGCGCCUCGAGCGGAACAGUCAGUCAACCGCUCUUCACUUGCACAGCACUCACUCGUCGUCACACCAUGUGCGCUCCCUGCUUUGCUGGCUUGCCUGAUUCUUUCGGUGGCGCCGCUGGUUCUCAGCGUCAGGCGGUAUAAUGCCAAAGAGAAGGAGCCUCAUGAGAUUCUGCCGUUCGUUUUCUACGGUGGGAUGGAGGUUUUGCUCCUGUACUUCACUCUGUGGACUUGGUGCAUCAUGACGCUCUACUUCCUGCUGGCCAGCAGCGCAAGCUUCGUCUACGUCGCCUGGGGGUUCGAUCCCACGACGCUUGUGACCACGGGCCUGUGUGUCAGCUUUGACAUCGCAACUUGCUUGAUAGGCACUUCUCUGCCAGUGGAGCUUGCCACUCGGCUGAAAUGUCCAACGACUGAGCGAGCUGAGCACUCCAUCUUCCCAGCGUAUGUCGUCCUUGCCUACGCGGUAUGGAACUGGUGGCUGCAGUCCAAGAUGGGCCACUGGCUGUACUUCUUCAUGGACUACAACAGGCCAUCCAUGAUUCCAACGUUCUUCAUGCUUGUCGGGAUCAAUGUGGCAUCUUUCCGCGCUGGGGCGAGCUUGGUGGGCCUCGGAGCUUGA